AUGCGUCCACUCACCCUCCACGCCUCAGCGCUCACCAACGACGAAUACGAGGUGUACACCCGGGCUCUGAAGGAGGUGGCCGAGAUCGAGGGCGAGGGGGACAACAAUAACAGCCAUGGCGACGACGACGACGAGUUUUACGAACGGAUUACACUCGGUGUGAGGGAGGCGCGUGCGUGGUUGAGGGGACGAUACUCGGCGGAUGCGGGGGUGAAUGGUAGUGUUGAUUUGAUCCUCAAAUUCUUCAGCCCCACCCUAGCACAAGGCGACGUCCUAACAGGCGGCCAAUUCUUCGCCGUCCUGCGGCUGAUCACGCAUCUUCAAACAGGCAAAGCGCUCGACAGGUCGUUAGCUUUUGUUCAAGCGCACCCACUCGUUCCCACUACGCCUAGUCAACCACUGCAACAGCAACAACAGCAGCAGCAGCAGCAGCACCCGAAACCCCCACCCCGCCGCUCACAAACCUUCCAAGCAGCGCCUCCCGUCCACCCCGAUUCCGCACCCAAACAACCCAAGCCCUUUCCAUCGAAUUCUAACCCCUUCGUUGCGCCAAGACCUAAACCACCAACGCGAUCUGACGAUGGAUACGGCUAUGGAUCUGGCGCUGUGCACGCCUCUGGCCAACAGCAAGCGCUGUCCUCGUCCCCUUCGAAGGCUCCAGGCCCGCCUCUCCCGCCGAGGAAGCCGCCUGUGGGGAGGUCGAGUUCGCCGGUGAAGGGUGUGCCGCCUCCGCCCCCGCCGAGGCCUGGUGCGGGAACGGGGAGGGAGGUUCCUGUGCCUCCUGGUCGAGAGUCGAGGGAUGUGUCGCCUUAUCCUCCUCCCCGCGACGGCAUCCCGCCGACUCACUUGCGCGAACAUAUACCGACGACUCACCCCCGCGACAAUAUACCGAUGACCCACACGCGCGAACAUAUAUCGCCAACCCAUCCACCAACGGUCCACCCCCGCGACAACGUAACGACGCACCAAACCUCGGAUCUGAUCAAGCAGAGCCUUCAAGCGUCCCGAGUGGCGCAGACGAUGAAGAGAGCGGAGGAGCAGUUGGAGAAGGAGAGGAUUAUGCAGGUGUUGAAGAGUAGUAAGGGUGUUGGGGGAGGUGUUAACGGCCCAUUCAAACCCUCCCCACCUCCACCUCCACCUCCACAUCCUGCGCCCAAUUCAUCAUCCAAACCUCCGCCUGCGCCCAAUUCAUCAUCCAAACCGCCGCCUCCGCCAGUUCCACCCAACUCAUCUACGAAACCCCCACCCCCACCUAUACCUCCAACCAAACCCCGCUUCCCACCGCCUACGACGACGAGCGGGUCCUCUGUUUCGAGUGUUAGUGUUUCUUCUGAUGAGCAGUACUCGUAUCACCAUUCAGGGACGGGGAUAGGUGGAGGAGGGGGACUGCAGAGGGUUGGGAGUCGGGCGAAUCGGUUCAUGCGUGGUGGGCACAUAGGUGUAGCAUCAGGAGGAGCAGGAGGGGUGAUGGGAGGAGCAGGAGGAAGACACGCGUAUAACCGCGCGCCUUCGCCCCCUGGUUCGGCUAGUUCGUUGGAGCAAGUCGCUUUGGCUAGUUCUGGUGCGAACGCUGGUCUUGGUAUGGGUGGGAGGAAUCGAGGGGGAGGCGGGAGCGGGAUUUCAGGUGGUAGUGGGAGUGCAAGUGCAGGAGGGAGUGCAGGUGGGAUUACGGGAGGGAGUGUAGGUGGAAGGAAUCGAGGGGGAAGCGGAAGCGGAACCGGGAGUGCAAGCGGGAGUGGGAGUACGAGUACGAAGACGGUUACACCACCCCAAGUCGACCAAGAUUCGUACGAGUUUGGGGAGGGGUAUGGAUAUGGAGAGAGGAGGAGGAAAGUUUCUGGGACGACGAAUACCAGCUAUACCACCCAUACCAGCAAUACGACCUCUUCAAGCGAUCGAGAGAGAGAUCGGGAACGAGAAAGACCUCCCCCUCAUCCCCUACGGCGGUUCUCGACGAGUGGGAGUCCGUUCCGUACCGCACCGACUACGCCGUACGAGAGUGAUUCUGUUUCGGGUUCUGGUUCGCCUGGGAGGGGUCAUAAUGUGGAUUUACCGAAUGUGGGUGGUGCGGGAGGAGGAAACGUUGGUGGUGCAGGGGGUAUAGGAGGAGGAGGAGGAAGUGGAGGAAUAGGAGGAAGUGGGGGAAUAGGAGGAAGUGGGGGUAUAGGAAGUGGAGGAGGGAAGAAACCGCCCCCACCCGUUCCGCCGCCUAUGCAUCCUGAUCGUAAAUCUGUCGUUGGUGGUGGUGUGGGAGGCAGGGAGAGGUCGAAGAGUCGGGGCAAGGACGAGACCUCGUCCGACGUGGGAGGGGGUGGUGUGAGUGGCGGUUUCGACGCCAUCUACUCCAAGUUUGAGGGUACCAAAGUGUCGAUGGGCGGAGGUAGGACGUCGAGGAGUGGGAGUGGGAGUAGUUCUCCUGUUGUUGGUGGUGCUUUUGUAGUGGGACGUGAAGGAGGAAGGGAUGGAGGAGGGGGUGGUGGGGGAGGGGGAACCAAUCCGUUCGAUUCGCCUGGUGUUGUGGGGCCGCCUUCGCCGUUCGCUUCGAAUGCCAAUAACCCCUCGCCCUUUUCGACUACCACGAACAACCCCUCGCCGUUCGCUUCGAACACGAAUAACGCACCGCCCUUCUCCAGACCGGGUGGUCUCACACGACACGGACACGGUCGGACGGGCUCGCUCUCCCUGCCUCAUUCGAGGAGUGGGAGUGUGUCUGGUCGGACGAGUGGGAGUGCGUCGCCUGUCAUCCCAGGAACCUUUGGUGGUGUCAGUGGGGGAGGAGGGGGGUCGCCUGUCGUUGGAUCGUUUGGUGGAGGAUCACCGAUUGCAGGCUCGCCAAUCGUAAACACCUUUGGGGGUCCCAGCGGUGUACCGUGGUCGUCUUCGCCUGGUGGGAGUGAGCCUGGUGGGAGUGAGCCUACGACGCCUGGUGCGGGUGUUGGAUCUGUUGGAGAGGCGAGGAGUUAUUGGGCUGCUGUUGCUGCUGCUGGGAACGGUGCAAAUGGUAGUUCUACUACGAGUGGGGGAGGAAGAGGAGGUGGAGGAGCAGGGGGUGGUGAUAGCGGGAAAGGGUAUGGUGGGUUGGGAGGAGGGGGUGGUGGCGCAGGAGGGCAUGGGAAUGGGAAUGGGAGUGGGACAAGAGGCGGAGUAAACGCGAUGGGAGCGCGCGUGUGGAGGAGUAGGAGUUUGCAUGUUCCUUCUUCGCCUAGUUCCUUAGGGCCGGCGUCCAACUCCAGCUCUCACUCUCAUUCCCAAUCUCAACACGCGAACUCUCACAUCCAACACGCGAAUUCUCACAUCCAACACGCGCACCCGAGCCACCCGGACAGCGCGUCGACGCCCACGACGAAUGCGAGUGCUCUCCCAGUAGCGGGAGGGAGCUCGACGAAUCCGUUCAUUGGAGGUGGGGGAGGACUUGGCGGGUCUAGUACGGUGGGACUUGGCAGGUCGAAUACGACCAUUGAUGGGAGGAGGAAGAGGCCUGAGAGUGUACAAGUUCUUUCUUCGACGCGGUGGACGUUUGAUGAUCCUGAAUCCACUAUACCCGAUUCUGAUUCUGGGUUUGGGAACGACGCUACGACGACCACGACGACCACGACGAUGAUGGACGAUGGAGGAGGGUACGGUGGAGGUAGAGAAAAGGGUAUUCAUCGUGUUCCGCCUCGGCCUCCCCCGCAGCGUACCGUGGGACCUUCGGGAGUGACGACCGGUAGUGAUGGCGGUGUGGGGUUGGGACCUGCGCUCUCGAGGAACACGUCCGUUCGUGGUCCUCCUCCUCCUCCGACGUCGAGAACCGGUGGAGGAGGGGUUGGUGUGGGAGGAGGCGGAGGGGGACACGUGGUAGGGCAUAGGAAGAGUAGUUUGAGUGUUUCGUCGUUGCCUUUGGGUGGGAUGGGUCUAGGAGGGGAUGGGUAUGAGAAUUCGCUAAGCGAUCCUAGGGGGUCUCGGAACCCCGACCCACUCCUCUCCUCCCUGUCCAAACUUAAUGCCAAGUUGAGCACGAAGAUUGAAGAGACGAUGCAUACGUUCCAGCCGAAGCUUGAGAAGGCCAAGUUUAAGGCCGAGGCUGGACUGAGUCGACGCGGGUACGUUCCCUCGGGUACGACAUCGGGUAUGCAAGCGUUCUUCGGGACUCCCAUCUCCUCAACUUCGACAUCCACUACUUCUACAACCACGACGACGCCGAGCGGUUCGACGGGUCCGCCUAUAGGAGGCAUUGGAUCAGGUAUCGGACAUAUCCCCUCGCGUAGACGGGGUAGUCGGAAGGGGAGGGAGGAAAAGGAGGGGUUGUUGGGUGAGGAGGAGCGGUACUAUAGUGAUGAACUCGAGGAAGACGUGAGGCGGAAUUUUGAGGUUGGAGGUGUGGGAGGGGGACAGAGAGGAGCUCACGGUGGUGGUGGGCCUGGGAAGAGUGGUGUGUAUAGUAGCGAUAGCUCUGAUGACGAGGAUGAGGGAUUCGCGCGGUCGGGUGUAUAUGAGGGAGAUCGGAUACGAGAGUUUGGUGGUUCGGGAACCAGGAGAGGCUCGUAUAGAGCGGGAGGAGGUGAUGUGACGAGUAUGGUGGAUGUGGACGAGUGUCAUCGAGAGGAGGGUUGGAAAGCUUUACCGUAG